GUCAAGGGAUAUCUGCUCAGUGCGUUUUCGGCCGAUCGUGACAUAUUCGCUCGUGAUGGUCGUCUCAUAAUAUCUCACGGCGGUGGUAAGGCGGAGAGUUUGCAUAAUAGCAAGGGUCGAACGAAGCUGCAAAAAGCGUCUGACCAAGAAGAAGGGGACAAGUCGGUCAGAGCCCUGCUGCGGACACAACAAAUGGGUCGCCCGGUCGUUCUCAUCAUCGACGACCGGUAUGCACUAUUCCCAUACGACCUCUCCACCAAGGCGAACUGCACCUAUGUCGUGCUCGGCUUCUACCAUAUUGCACAUGCGUGGGCGGAGCGCCAACCAGCAGACAACAACUACGGCUUCGUGGUCCGGUACAAGUUCGCCUUCGAAUGGUGUGACAAGCAGCCAGCGCCUUGGUGGAUUGAACAAGACGGAUCAUCAGGCCUCGAGGCCUGCAGAAUCGCUGCACCGUAA